ACCGUCCGACUUUCAUUCACUUCGGUGGGAAGCGCCUGCUGCACACGCACGGUGGCGAAAAGAUGGCCUCACCAAGGACAAUUACUAUCGUGGCCCUUUCUUUUGCUUUGGGUCUGUUCUUCGUGUUUAUGGGAACCAUUAAGCUCACUCCGAGACUAAGCAAAGAUGCAUACAGUGAAAUGAAAAGGGCAUACAAGAGCUAUGCCAAGGCGUUGCCAGGCCUGAAAAAGAUUGGUAUCAGCUCAGUCCUGCUUCGCAAGAUCAUCGGCUCUCUGGAGGUGGGCUGCGGUGUGGUGCUCACCCUGGUGCCGGGCCGGCCCAAGGAUGUGGCCAACUUCUUGCUGCUGCUGGUCAUGCUGGCUGUCCUGUUCUUCCACCAGCUUGUAGGAGACCCCCUGAAACGGUACGCCCACGCUCUAGUCUUUGGUAUUCUGCUCACCUGCCGCCUGCUUAUUGCCCGCCAGAGUGACGACCGGCCGGAGCGAGAGGACAGCAGAGAGGAACAGCACGUUAAUGACCAGGAAAAGAACAAGGUCAAGCAGUCCUAAGAUCCUCUUCUACUUUGGUCCAAGCCACAACAAAGGGAACCUGGUGCGCCCCUAUGGAUUGUAGUAAAUCAAAUUUUGAAGGAAUCAGUCACAUCCAGUAAAAACCCCCCCCCCCCCCCCCCACACACCCAUCUCCUGUCCCAUCCAGCUAGCUGACUGAUUACGCUCACCUCCUCUUCUGCACUCUUACUGUGAAAUGAGAACUCCCGAUCCAUAACCGUGGACAAUUAUACCUGUGGAAACUCCCAUGAGCUCGACUCAUUGUCUAAAUAGUGAAUCCAUGUUCCCUAUUUAUUCUAGUCCUACACUGUGCUAAAUGUGUUUUGUUUGUAAUUAAGUACGAAUUUCAUUUAUGCUACGAGUUGAUUUGAGGAUGCUGUUUUUCAUGAAAGAAUCUUUCUAGCUUGUUUUUUCUAAUUUGUUUUUAUACUGUAAGAUUUAGGAAUUUCAAUAGUUCAAGCAUGCUCCAUUCGGUCAAGGGUAUGGAAAAUGAACACUUUUAAAACAAUUUUGUACUAAUAAUACAUCAGCUAGUAUUACAUAUCCACAUCUUAUUUUGGUGCAGUGUUACCAGAAGGUUAAUAGAAAGAAAAAAAUAUGAAUCCUCGUUCCUUUUUCAUCUCAGUAGGCCUACAUUUUUGUAGCAGUGCGCAUGAAAUACUUUCUCCCAAAGUAAAUAAGCUGCAUUCCUCUUUCUCCUUUCAGUUCAGUUGUCACAGUGGAGUUGUUUAGCUGGGAUGUACAGCAGCUGCUGCCUCAGGUGUCUGCUGCAAGCUUGUACAGCAGAACGACCAAAUCAAAAAAAUGUCCUUUGGCCUGUUAAAAAUUGAAUUUUACCUUUUUGUAAUUCACAGUUGAAGUCUUAAACGUAUUCACUGUCUCUUAAAGAUUCUGCUGAUCAGUUUGGUUUUACUUCUCUCUGAAGAUAUUAAAACAUAUUCCUGUUACAGUUCUGCUUAGGGGAUGAUUUCUCAAUUACAAAUCCUGUCAGUUAGUUUUAAGGUUCACAAUAUUUCUGUAAACGAUAUACUUAAAAUAAAGAAUUGGAGGUGAAACUGA